AUGGCUUGGGUGUCUGUUUUUGAGUCAAAUGAAGAAUCAGGCCACCUUAUCCUUACCAUUGUUGUAUCUAGCCAUUUCUUUAUUUCCCAAGGGCGAGCAGUACUGGAAGGCUUUUCAUUAAUUGAUUCCCGUAAGUGGUUGAAGAUAGUAAGAAGAGCAGACUGCCUGCUGUUUGGGGCAGAGUCAAAGAAUGAAUGCCGUAUGUUCCGUAUUCAGUUUGGUGGAGAUUCAAAAGAACAGAUGCUGGAACACUGCUGUAAUUGCGUGCGGAAACUUGCAGAGUAUGUACCAGUUCAAGUAACUGAUGAACAAAGCCAGAAGCUCUAUCAAAGUCUCAGUCAGCUGGCUAAUGGUGAAAGUCAAGUGAAGGAUUCUGAACAAAGUGCAUCCAUACUACAUACACCAGAUGAGCCUCCACCAUAUUCAUGCACAAGCCUUGGAGAAAGAAGAUCUGUAACACAGCUAGCACAGUCUGUGCUGAAAUCGAAGUUUGAGCUCCCCCUUGUGUAUCAGCAUUCUGUGUGGAAUGCACAAGAGUUGGGGCCUUUUAUUCGCUUAUGUCUUAUGGAUCAAAAUUUCCCAGCUUUUGUGGAAGAUGUGGAGAAGGAAUUGAAAAAACUAACAGAAGGUUGAGAAAUAUUAACUUAUUACCAUUAGAAUAUACAGCACUCAGGAUACACAAACAAUAUCGUUAAAUAUCUGAAAAAAAUCUCACACAUUUUUGUCAGUGUUUUAUUUUUAAAAACAGGUGAAUCCACUUUUUAUACAUCAUUGCACUUCAACAAAUACACAGAACACAAGUUCAUGCAUCUACAGUUACGCACAUCAUGAGAACCCUGUUAGGUCUAUUUCUACAAUCUUUAAAUCAUGAGAAAUUACAGUGUCAAACUAAAGAGUAUAACUAGUUGCAUAGAAUAUCACCAUGCCGUAACAUUUCAUCAUCAUUUAAACAAAAAAGAAAAUUAUAAAAGUUUGCCUGAAUUGAAUGUACAAGGAUAUGUUGAACACAUCAGUGCAAAAGGAUUUGAGAAUUUACAUGAUUUAACAAAAAAUCACUUAAAAAGCAAUCAUAUAUAUAUAUUUAUAAACUGAAGUUUUGUUUUUGUUUUUAACUGCAUUUCACCACCACCAUUUUGUUGACCCAUUCCAGCCAUUGAAGUCUGAUUAUUGGACACCCAAGUCUCCCUAUAUAGGUUAAGCCCUUAAGAUAAUUUCAAUUUAUAUUACUUCUCUAAGUACCAGAACAGCAUAAUUCUCUCAUCUUUCAGACAUACAGUAAGGAAUGAAUAUCAGCAGCUUAAAAAUGAAACACAUUUACUGUAUUUUGGUUCCCCCCCCCC